AUGGAAGGAAUUGAAAACAUUACAUCUUUGGUCACAGAGGGAGCUGAUGUUGAUGAAUUAAUUAACGACGAUAUAAUAAGCGAUGAAAUAACUGAUAUUGUUAUGAAACUUCUGAUGUACAUUUUUACUCCGGUCAUCGCUUUCUUCGGUAUCAUAGGAAAUACUUUAAGUAUAAUCAUUCUGGUUAAAAACGGCAUUCACAAGUCAUCUAACAUUCUACUCAUCAGUCUAGCAUUUUGUAAUACAGUGUACCUCAUCGCCUACAACAGUAUACCUAAGGUACUAUAUAUCGCAACUGGACACCUAAGCUACGAUGGGUUUUCUGAGUACGAUACUUAUCUCUUGUUUAUCUUCUUCUCUGUCUUCACCUUCUUGGAUUACUCCUUUGGUUUGAUGGCUCUAUCAGUGCCGAUGUUGAUCACGAUAGAAAGGUUGAUUGUUAUAUUUUUCCCUCUGUCCUGUCAUCGUAUUGUCACACCAGAAAGAACGUGGCUGGUACUAGGGACGGUCAUACUUUACUGGAGCAGCAUUUUCGUCUACACCAGCUUCUGGCUCGACAUCGAAUACAUUUGGGACGCACAUUUAAACAAAUCUAUCGGACAUUUUGAAAAUUCCGAUAUGAUUGCCGGAAAUCUUGAAGCUGUUGUUGCCGUAGAAACGUUAUUUGGGUAUACCAGUAUGGUAAUACCGCCCCUGUUCACAGCACUUGGAUGCAUUGUCAUUUCUAUCAAACUCAAAAUCGCUUCGAUCAAACGCAAAGCUUUAAGCGCAAACUCCAGCUUCAGUCAAAAGACGACAAAGAUACUCCUUGCGGUCUGUUUUCUCUACGUCAUCACCUCCGCGUACGCAUCCCUCGCUCUUUUUAAGCCUGAGUACGCCUGGUACACGCUAGCGGACAAACCACCGACCAACGUGGCACUUAUCGUGAGCCAGGUCUCCAACAUCAUCGGCUGCAUCAACAGCUCCAGCGACUUUGUCGUCUACAUCGUCAUGAACAAAAACUUCAGAGUCAAUCUGACUGAACUUUUUCGACGCCGAUUGAAAAACUAA